AAAUUGUAACAUUUGGUUCUAUGCAAGUCCAGCAAUUCGAGGAGAUGGUAUAAUUAUCGGUGGUUUAAAUGGAUGAAUUGAAAAGAGUCUAGGUUACUUGGGAUUUUGUCUUCUCAAAUUACACAAAACAGAGAUAAUGGUAGUUCUAUAUAAUUGUGUGUCCGAGUAAUCGUAUGUGUGAUCUUUGUUUAAACAACAAUGGAUCUGCCUCUGUUUACGAAAUUAUUGAAGCAAAAUUGGCUGUUCUUUCUCUGUACAGCAGGCGUUAUGAAUUUUACUGACGGAAAUGGGGAACCUUGCGGGACUAUUGACAAUGGGGCUCAGUUGUAUUGUCCGAACAAGUAUCACUGCUGUAACACUGCGGUCCACUCAUGUUGUGAGGAUGGCUACACUUGUCAUGGAUCCACCUGUAUAAGCUACAUUGCAUUAAUCGUGAUACCUGGUGUUAUCUCAUUUGUUAUCAUCAUCACUGUCAUUGCUAAACUCGUCAAGAAAAGAAACGUAUUAUAUACAAGUGUUGGUCGACCCGGACUCACCACAGUGGAGUAUUCGGGAAAUCUCCCUCCAUAUUACUAUUGUCAACCAGAGUCUUGUUCUUUUCUUCGAUAUUUUUACUCAGUAAUAAAAACAGGAAUCAUUAAUUUUAAGAACAAAAAUAUUUUAGGAAAAUAUAGAACACGAGUGCUAAAUAAAGCAAGCUGGAUUAAUACAAACCGUUGAACAGUCUUGAAGAAGAAUUGUAUCGACCUGAAAUUAGGCAGCUGUUCUCCGCUACUAACACUCUUAGUGUCAUUUCCAGAAUAAUCUUGUUCAACAAAUGAUUACAUGAACAGCUACUCGACAUAAGUAUAGUUAACUUUUAAAUGAGUUUUAAUAUAUCCAACAUAUUUUGAUAUGUUGUAUAUCAAGGAUUUGUCGAAAUAUAUCACCUGUCCUCAUUGUAUUAUGAAUAUAUUUCAACUUUCAAAUCUCAAACCCUCAAAUAAUGUUUUACGAGAUCAGGUAAGUACAUGUAUAGGAUAUUGAGAGAAGAUCUGUAAAAUGCAAUAUUUGCAUAUGCUCCGUCAUUCCCCUUUAUGAACCUGUACCCAGCAGUUGCAUAUAACUCCUUGAAUGCAGCUAGCGGAUUACUUCAUUGGCAAUUUUGUACAUUCUUUUAUACAGCCUAUUUCAUUUUACAUUUUUGUCACAAAGUAUGAUAAAUAUAUAUUUGGUAUUAAAAUUGGUCACUCCUUAUAACUGAUCAGUUGUGUGUUAAAGAAACUAACGAAAACUAUGUAGAUGU